CUUGUAAUCCUUCUUCCUCGUACAUACACGGACGGCACCGACGACGCCGAGAGCUUGAGACUUGAGGGAGUUUUGUCAGGAACUAUAUAUGGCGUCCCUUUGCAGCAGGCCGCAACAAUUUUGGUUCCUGACAGCAGUGGCGUGCAUCUUCUGCUGUUUCUCAUUAACAGCAGCAGCAGCGUUCCAUGGCCAGAAGGGAGACAUCGCGGUCGCGGACAUAGUCGGAAGAGCCCUGUUCUGCUUCAACGACCGCUACAUCUACAGCGGGUGCCAGGGCUCGUUCCGGCUGGGCCCGCAGGGCGCGCUGGACGUGCCGCCGGGGUCGGCCGACGCCUUCUGCGGCGGGCCGUGCCUGGCGGAGACGGAGCUCGUGCUCCGCUGCGUCGACGGCAUCAUGUCCAGCUUCCGCUUCUACAACGGCGCCUCCGCCGCCGACGUCCGCUUCGCGCUCGACCGCGGGUGCGGAUACUCGGCCCUCCGGGGCCACUUCGACGUGCUGCAGCGCGUCGGAGCCGGAGCCGACGGCCGCAACUACGGCGACGGGUACUUCUAUGGCCGCGGGGACGCCGCCGCCCGCCGGUCCGUCAACGAUCUGGUAGCGGUGGCGCCGCUGCUGCUGCUGAGCGCGGCCGCCGCGAUCCUCGUGUGGGCGUGAGCGUGGAGUGUAGUAGGACCGCUGCCAUAGCAGGAAGACGAAGUAAACAACUUCGGUUGCCGCAGGCAGUACGCAGUAGUAUAGUAGUAUCACAGAAGAAACAACUGCACGACACUGUUGUCAAAAAAAAAAAUGCACGACACCUUGUUCUCUGGUAGUUGUUGUAGUUAUCUUUUUUGGCUUUCAAAUUAUUAUUUUUUAUAGGGAGAUUGAAAUUAAAGGAGCAAUUGUACCAGAACCUAUGGCAAUCAGGGUUUUGACUUUUCUGCUGAAAAUGAAAUGGAGCUGGAGAGAAUACAGAGUGGCAAAAGGAGGAAUCAGGCUAGAAACCAGGAUUUACAGAGGAAAA